GCUCUUUGAGAAGGCAGGUAACUCAAAUUCAUUCGACAGCCUCGGUCUGGUCCAUUGCGCGAACAGUCGAAAUGGACAAAACAAGGAAUAAAAUAGAGUCUGUGCUUGCUCAGUUCUGUUCUGUAACAGGAGCUGAUGUAGCUGUGGGUAGACAGUUGUUAGAAGCAUGUGGAGGUAACCUGGAAUUGGCCAUUAACAUGCAUAUGGAAGGUGGCGGUGCUACAGCCACAUCAGAUACAGACGAUGAAGUGAGAGCACCUAUUCCACAGAUACAAGAAACCUUGGUGGAUGAUACCCCUUCAUAUGGAACAUUUCGAGGGAGGAAGAGAAAAACAAGAUCAGUGUUUGAUGGAUUCAGAGAUUUUCAGGAAGAAGCACCUGCAGUGAAAGGAAGAAGCAGAAGAAGCCAACAGGAAGAAGAACUGAUGGCAGGUGCCUCGGGAUCUCGUUCUUCGAGAAAAACUAAAACACUUCAAGAUCUCUUCAGACCUCCAAUUGAUAUGACCUACAAAGGAAAUCUGGCUAACGCAAGAGAAACUGGUAAAACUCAGGGUAAAUGGCUGAUGGUGAAUAUUCAGAAUGUACAAGAAUUCCCAUGUCAAGCACUCAACAGAGAUGUAUGGAGUAAUGCGGCUGUGAAAGCGCUUAUCAAGGAUAAUUUUAUUUUUUGGCAGGUUUACCAUGACAGUGAAGAAGGACAGAAGUACAGACAGUUUUACAAAGUUGACAGCUGGCCAUAUAUUGCUAUACUGGAUCCGCAGACAGGGGAGAACAUGAUUGUUUGGAAUAAGAUAGAGCCGCUGACAUUUUGUGAUCUAGUUGCAGAAUUUUUGACACAACAUCCAUCAAUGAACAGUUUGUCUCCUGCUCUUUCAGCAGCCAAACGGGUAAGAAGGGAAGAUAGUGUGAUUGAUGCCUCAGAGGAUGACCAGUUACAAGCAGCAAUUACAGCUUCACUGACACAAGUAUCGAAAGAAAAAACAGCUAAAAAUAUUGAAUUUAACAGUGAUAGUGACUUAGAUGGGAGUGAUCUUGAAACAUUCACUGACUCGGAAGACGAAUCACAGCCAAGCCCAGUGAAAACAAGGAGGCGUUCUAAUUCAGGAUCUAAAACUAUAUCUCAGGGAAACAAUUCUCCAACUCGGAAACAUUCCCCUAAACGGAAGACUAGUAAUGACAGAUCUCAUAAAGACCAAAAUGAAAGCUCUCCAGCUAGGAGGAGCGUAAGGUGUAAUUCCCCUUUGGCUGGUUCUAGUGCUAGUGUUGAGACACAGAGACCUACAAGAAAAUGUUCACCUCAAAGAACUAGAAAAAGCUCACCUGGUGGUGAAAACAUGUCAUCUCCAAGAAAGACUUCUCCAUUGCGUAGAAAAUUAUCACCAACAAAAACAUGUUCACCACAAAAAUCAGAAAGCAUUCAUAAUGACGUUCAUCCCGCAGUUUUGGAAAAAAUUCGUCAAAAUUCCGAAUCUGAAGACAGCCAAAUGAAUGACGGUACUGCUGUUAAAGAAAGUAUAAGUGAAUGUAGUGAAACUGAAGAGAGUGAUAAAUCUAUAGACAGUGUAACUGAUAGCAGGGACUAUAAAUCAUUCCUGGGACCAGAAACAGAUGAAAAGACUACAUUAAUGCUUCGAUUACCAGAUGGCCAGAGGGAAAAACUAUGUAUAUCAUUUUCAUCCAAAUUAAUGGCUCUAGUUUUAUUUGUUGGUUCGAAAGGUUUCUCCAAUGAGCGUUUUGAACUGAUAGCCCAGUUUCCUCGCCGACAGCUUUCUCAGCUAGAUUACGAUGCCACUCUCAGGGACAUCGGCCUUCAUGCUCAAGAGACAAUCUUCGUACAAGCAAGAUCAUAAAUUUACAAGACGGCUGAUUUUAAAUAUUUAUUGAAUUGACUGUUUUUGAAAAUUAUAUUUAUUUAUCUAGCAUGCUCAAACCAAAUUUUACAUCAGGAAUAGCUUUCUCUGAUUUACAUAGUUAGCAGGUUUGUUGGUAUUUUAUAUCCAGCUGAGAGACAUUAUUGGAGUUGUUGUUUGAAUUGAGGUACAAACACGUUCACAUGCAUUAAAUCCACCAAAUAUUUGAAAAAGUUUGCUUUAUUUACUGAAAGUAACAAAUUAAAAGCUAAUUAACUGGGUGCCCUAGGGAUAUAUUUCAUGAAUAAGUACCAGUACCUUAAACUUCAUUACGUUAUGGGUCAUAAAUGACAAUCUUCAAUUUCUGUGUGUUCACAUUUGAGCCGCGCCAUAAGAAAACAAACAUUGUGCAUUUGUGACCAGCAUGGAUCAAGACCAGCCUGCACAUUCGCACAGUCUGGUCGGGAUCCAUGCUGUUCGCUUUCAAAGCCUAUUGCAAUUAGAGAAACCGUUAGCGAACAGCAUGGAUCCUGACCAGACUGCGCGGAUGCGCAGGCUGGUCUGGAUCCAUGCUGGUUGCAAAUGCAUUAAGUUGGUUUUCUCAUGGUGCGGCUCGUAUGCUUUUUUUAGCAUCCCUAUACUUUUAAUUUGAAUUGUUCAAGAUGCCGCUUUCAAUAACAACUGAAAAAUGCUAAAAUUUUAUACCAAGAUUAAUGGAAAGUAACAAGUGUGAUUGUUUGCCCACUACCUUAAAUGACAUGUUACCAGUUCUUGUUAUGUGUUUCAUGGCAAGCAGUGCAUCACCGCCCUUUAUACAUGACUAUGUUGUAGAUACAUAGUAUAUCUUUGUGAUUGUUAAGAUUUUAAGCAAGUCAUAAUUGUAGGUGGUCAUUGUAUUCCAUCUGUCUCUUUUUGUUUACAUAUCUGUAGAAAAUACCUCUUUUUUAUUUUGAAAUUAUUUUUGAAUUCCUAUGACUUAUUCUUGCAAUUAGUUUGAAAAAGAAUGCAUGAUUUUUGUCAAAUAUUUUUAUUAUCAAAGGUAGUACUUCCAAGAGGCCCCACCCAUAGGGUCCCAACUUUACAUAGACUUACAAUGUAUAUAGAAAAGAUCGUUAAAAAUAUUUUCGUCUGAAAGUUCAAGGCCUAGGCCUUUGAGAAUUUGAAUGAAGCAUUGUGUAGCGGACCUCUAACAAGUUUUUUUAAAUUAUGCCCCUGGGGUGAAAAGAGGCCCCGUCCCGGGGGUCACUUGUUAUAUGAGUUAUAUAGGAAAAAAUACUUAAAAACUUAUCAGAUCAUAUUUCCUAGACUGUUUAAUUAUAAUUAUCUGAUGACCCCAAAUGAUUAGGGGUCACCUAACUGUGACCUUGACCUAUUGACCUACUUUCUUGUUUUUUAAGAUACAGUCUUGAAAUUUUGAUGACAUGUACAGUUUUGCACACCGAUCUUAAAACUGACUUUCAGUGACUUACUGACCAACUUUCUUAAUAUUUUAGCAUCAGUUUGACAUUUGAAACAUGUUACACAACUGGGAAAAGAUUUCAAUGCUUACUUACAUUUGACUUUCUUACCUGAUUUCUUACACUUGUCAAUGUAGCUCACAUUACUCAGGUGAGCGAUCCAGGGUCAUCAUGACCCUCUUGUACUAAUUUUUACAUUGAAAACUGAAAAAGGUUUGUAACCCUUUACUUGAAGGAAACUGCUUUUAAGUUAAUUAUAAAUAUCUAUAUAUAACGAUUGUGAAAUACAUAUUGCUGCGUGGUGUUUUGGAAAAGACAACUGGAAAGUUUUUAUCGUCACCUCAGCUCCGAU